CGCGGGAUGGCGGCGGCGGCGGCACAGGACGUGGCGGCGGCGCACGACGUGCAGCGGCUGCUGGUGCAGUUCCAGGAUGAGGGCGGGCGGCUGCUGGGCUCCCCGUUCGACGUGCCCGUGGACAUCACCCCGGACAAGCUGCAACUCGUGUGCAACGCGCUGCUGGCCCAGGAGGAUCCCCUGCCACUGGCUUUCUUUGUCCACGAUGCUGAGAUCGUCACGUCACUGGGGAGGACGCUGGAGUCACAGGCAGUGGAGACAGAGAAGGUCCUUGACAUCAUCUACCAGCCACAGGCUAUCUUCAGGGUUCGUGCCGUGACCCGCUGCACCAGCUCUUUGGAAGGUCACAGCGAGGCAGUCAUUUCUGUGGCCUUCAGCCCCACAGGAAAGUACCUGGCCAGUGGCUCCGGAGAUACCACUGUGCGCUUCUGGGAUCUCAGCACCGAGACACCGCAUUUCACAUGCCAGGGACACAGACACUGGGUCCUUAGCAUAUCCUGGUCCCCAGACGGCAAGAAGUUGGCCUCGGGCUGCAAGAACGGCCAGAUUCUCCUGUGGGACCCAAGCACAGGGAAGCAGGUGGGCAGGGCCCUCGCUGGCCACAGCAAGUGGAUCACAGGCCUGAGCUGGGAGCCCCUCCACGUGAACCCCGAGUGCCGCUACGUGGCCAGCAGCUCCAAGGAUGGCAGCGUGCGGGUCUGGGAUACAACCGCGGGCCGCUGUGAGCGCAUCCUCACUGGGCACACGCAGUCAGUCACCUGUCUCCGGUGGGGAGGGGACGGGCUUCUCUACUCUGCUUCCCAGGACCGCACCAUCAAAGUCUGGAGGGCUCAUGAUGGUGUGCUGUGCCGGACUCUGCAAGGCCACGGCCACUGGGUGAACACCAUGGCACUCAGCACUGACUACGCCCUGCGCACAGGCGCCUUCGAGCCAGCUGAGGCCUCAGUUAACGCCCAGGACCUCCAAGGGUCCUUGCAGGAGUUGAAGGAGAGGGCUCUGAGCCGAUAUAGCCUCGUGCGGGGCCAGGGCCCAGAGAGGCUGGUGUCUGGCUCAGACGACUUCACCUUAUUCCUGUGGUCCCCAGCAGAGGACAAGAAGCCCCUCGCACGGAUGACGGGACACCAGGCCCUCAUCAACCAGGUGCUCUUCUCCCCUGACUCCCGCAUCGUCGCCAGCGCCUCCUUUGACAAGUCCAUCAAACUGUGGGACGGCAGGACAGGCAGGUACCUGGCUUCACUGCGUGGCCACGUGGCUGCUGUGUACCAGAUUGCGUGGUCAGCUGAUAGCCGGCUCCUGGUCAGUGGCAGCAGUGACAGCACGCUGAAGGUAUGGGAUGUGAAGGGCCAGAAGCUGGCUGCUGACCUGCCAGGCCACGCAGAUGAGGUAUACGCUGUCGACUGGAGUCCAGAUGGCCAGCGAGUGGCAAGUGGUGGGAAGGACAAAUGCCUCCGGAUAUGGAGGAGAUGAUAAACUCCUGUUCUCCGUGACUCCCACCUGGACUCAGCUGCUGCCAGCUCCCUGCCCUGACAGAGACCGAAGGCCAGGCUGGUGACCCUGUGAACGAGUGCGGUCUGCUGUCCUUGGACAGACAGUGGGGUCCCCCCACCUCCCAGAGCAGGAGGUCAGAGUCGUGGGAAAACAUCACUGGGCGCUCAGCCCUUGGCCAUCACUCCAUACCUUGCUGGUGGUGAGGGGCCAGGCAGUGCCCAGACCCCCGCUGCUGCCUCUCCUCCUUUCCUGAAUAUUCUAUUUAGCAUCAGACCCUAGAUUCUGUGACCAAAUAAAUAACUUCUAUUUUGUGUG